CACAUGCGCACUUCAUUUUUAAAAUGGCGGCCGUGCAGGGUGGUAUGGUCGACGCGGUUGAGGAUAAAGAAAUAAAAUCGGAACAACCGAACGAUGGCGGCGGAAAUAAUAACGCAAACGAGGCCAGAGUUCUCUCUUCGUCCCCUGGCUCCAGCGCUUCGACUGGGAGCAACAAGAGUACGACGGGAGCCCCCGAGGACCAGCAGACUUUGCUGGCUGUCCUGCAGUUUCUCAGAAAGAACAAACUGAGCGAGUCAGUCGAAAUUCUGCGUCGUGAAGCGGGAUUACCGGAAGAUUCACUUGAUGUGAAAGGGACCGAUUCAUCCGGGGCAGGCUCGGGUGGUGCAGCGGGCGGUGCGGAUGCAGAAGGCGGGGAUGCGAGCUCUCUCCUUAGCCGGGUGACCAGCGCAUCAUCCGCUGCUGUAGUUCAGGCGCCGACCAAAGCUCCUGGAGAGGAUCAGCCAGAUGUCAACGUGGUGCUGUCAGCUUACAGCCAGCAGGGGGACCCGGCUCUGUACGGAGUUUACUACAGCGGCCUGAAGAAAUUUAUCGAAUCGGUUUUAGACUGUCAUCGAGCAGAGCUGUCCCAGGUCUUCUACCCGCUGUUUGUACACAUGUACCUGGAGCUGGUGUACAACAAUCACGAAAAUGAGUCCAAAGUGUUCUUUGACAAGUUCAGCGGGGAUCAGGAGUGCUACUAUGAAGACGACCUGCGUGUUCUGUCCAGCCUGACCAAGAAGGAGCACAUGAGAGGCAAUGAGACCCUACUGGAUUUCCGCACCAGCAAGUUCGUCCUGCGGAUCUCUCGAGACUCCUACCAGCUGCUCAAGAGGCACCUGCAGGAGCGCCAGAACAACCAGAUCUGGAAUAUCAUCCAGGAGCACCUCUAUAUCGACAUCUUCGAUGGCAUGCCACGUAGCAAGAGCCAGAUUGAUGCCAUGUCAGGCAGCUUGGCUGGAGAAGGCAAGCGGGAAGCUAACAAGGCCAAGGUUUACUACGGACUGCUAAAGGAACCAGAAAUUGAGCUGCCCCUUGAUGAUGAGGAUGAGGAGGCGGAGAAUGAGGAGGGUAAACCCAAGAAGAAGAAACCAAAGAAGGACAGCAUGGGCAACAAGAGCAAGAAACAGGAUCCUAAUGCACCUUCACAGACCAGGAUACCUCUUCCAGAAUUAAAGGACUCAGACAAGCUGGACAAGAUCAUGUACAUGAAGGAGGCCACCAAGAGGAUACGCCUGGGACCAGAUAACCUCCCGUCCAUCUGCUUCUACUCUUUUCUCAAUGCUUACCAAGGUCUGACCGCAGUGGACUUCACAGAUGACUCCAGCCUGGUUGCUGGAGGAUUCGCUGACUCGACGGUACGAGUGUGGAGUGUCACACCGAAAAAACUCCGCAAGGUCAAGUCUGCAGCAGACUUGAAUGUUAUAGACAAAGAGUCGGAUGAUGUGCUGGAGAGGAUUAUGGACGAGAAGACAGCCAGUGAAUCAAAGAUCCUCCAUGGGCACAGCGGCCCGGUGUACAGCAUCAGCUUCAGCCCAGACAGGAACUACUUGUUGUCGAGUUCUGAAGAUGGCACCGUCAGGCUGUGGAGUCUUCUGACAUUCACUUGUCUGGUGGGCUACAAAGGUCAUAACUACCCAGUGUGGGACACUCACUUCUCCCCUCAUGGGUACUAUUUUGUCUCUGGGGGACAUGACCGAGUAGCUCGUCUGUGGGCGACAGAUCACUACCAGCCCCUGCGGAUGUUUUCUGGUCACCUUGCUGAUAUCACUUCCACCCGCUUUCAUCCCAACUCAAAUUAUCUCGCCACCGGGUCUUCGGAUCGCACCAUCCGGCUCUGGGAUGUCCUGACUGGAAACUGUGUUCGGAUUUUCACUGGUCACAAGGGUCCUAUUCAUGCGUUGGCUUUCUCUCCUAAUGGGAAGUUUUUGGCUUCAGGCGCUACUGAUGGCAGAGUGCUUCUGUGGGACAUUGGUCAUGGACUUAUGAUUGGAGAGCUUAAAGGCCACACAGACACAAUCUAUUCCCUUAAGUUCAGUAGAGACGGGGAGAUCCUUGCCUCUGGCUCCAUGGACAAAACUGUUCGUCUGUGGAACGCUACGAAAGCAUUCGAUGAUUUAGAGACUGAUGAUUUCACAGCAGCUACAGGACACGUCCAUCUACAAGAUAACUCCCAGGAGCUUUUGUUGGGAACAUACGUGACUAAAUCUACGCCUGUCAUUCACCUCCACUUUACCCGCAGGAACCUGCUGCUAGCUGCCGGGGCCUACAAUCCAUAAGACAUUAUGAUUUAAGAGAAAAUCACCCACAGGAAGUUGAAAGAGAACUUCUGUUCCCUAAGGGCCACAAAGAAACGGUUUGAGGUGCAGCAGGAGUAAAGACUGUAUCAUCAACAAAUCGGCUCUGAUGAAUAUCUCACUGAGUAAAGAUAGAAAUGAGGCGAGCCACCUCGGGUUCUGGCCCUCGGUCUGAAAGACUCGGGCACAGAAUGAAGCAGAUUAACUGCAAAGAAGUCUUGAACAGAUAAGUGCCAUUGAUGAUUAAGAACUGUUUAUAAAAAAUCACUGCCAUGAGUCCAGCAACGUAUUGCUGCCACUGGGAAAUUGACUGUAUUAUAGUCUUUUAUACUGAUGGACACUGUAAAUAAAACAAGUGUUUUCUAUA